CACGAGGAUGGAGCCAAGGAGCGUCGCCGUAGUGUCCGGGUGCUUGGCAUUUAGCAGACUGUCGCGUUACCUGAUGCCGGCCCUCUGGUUCCUCGUCGUCACCUGGGGAGCUCUCCUUAGGAUCGCCCUGAAGAGUUUAAACCUACUGAGUAAGAACAGUGACGUGCUUGGCCUCGAUAAUGACGUUGCAAAGCACCCCACCCUGGCCUUGAUGCGACGCAUCCUCGCAGAUGCUCAGGCGAAACUGCGCGUAAUGGUGGAGGAGAACGCGGCUACGGGGCUUCGGCUCGACGGCGAACUGGAGAAGUCGAGGGCCGAUUGCGGGCCCGGGCUGCGAGCCAUCAACAACAACAACAACAACAACAACAACAAUAACAGCAGCAGUCUAAACAGCAAUAGCAGUAGCAAUAAUGGGGGUGGGGGCAACGGGGGCGGGGGCAGCAGCAGUAGCGCGAGCAGCACUAGCGGCUCGACGCCCUCGAGUAGCAGCAGCGCCCCGCCCGGGCAGAACUCGUCUUCGAGCGCGAGCGGCCCGGACGGGGGCAGUCCCUCGACCCCCCGGGAGCAGAUGCAUCUCCUGCAGCACGAGGAGUCUAUGGCCAAACGACUCAGCGCCGGGAGCAGUCCAUUCGACAAGCGAAGCUCCCUCAGCGACAAGAGCGUCAGCCCCGUGGAUAGGAAGGAGGUACCGAGUCCCGUGGACAGGAGAGCCAGUCCCAUCGGUAAGUAGCGACUGACGAUGUCGAUUGAGACACGCAACGGCUCGCCAACGUGCGCGAGUCCUGGCGAGCGGAUCAAUGGCCGCAGACCAUACACCGCCCUGGAGAAGACGCGUCUGGGCGGCUCCGGGGGCAGCGCGGACUCGCGCUCGGGAAGCGCGAGUCCCGUGGGCCCGCGACCCUUCUUCCAGCGCUCGAGUCACGAACGGCUGCGUAUCACGACCCUCAGGCCCUUGGGCAAGGAGCCACCCGAGUACCAACCGGAUAUCAAGGAUUUCGUCGACGGGGACGCGAGGGGAGCCGAGGAGGAGAACGAGCCACCUGGGCCCGCACCCAGUAGCAGGCCCUGCUCACCCGGAAAUCCACUAGGUUGGCGCUGGCGCACGCUAUCAACGAUGGGCGACCCGGUGGUGGCCUCUCGACUCUCGAACCUUCACGGUGGCGGCCACGGCGUCGAGUUGGCGUCGACACGGCGACUACGGCUGGAGAACGAGCGGCUCGUAGCGGAGGUCGCGAGGCUGCGUCGACUCCUGCUGAGUGGCGCCUCGCGCGGCGAGGUCGGGGCCGACGACGCCGUAAUCGAGGACGAGGCCCGCUAUGUCGCCCUCGAGAUGGAGCUGCAGCACACGCGCGAGGCCCUACACGCCCUCAAAGCCGACCGCAAAAGACUCCGGGCCGAGAAGUUCGACCUGCUCAACCAGAUGAAGGCGCUGUACGGCACCCUGGAGGAUAAGGAGCGCGAGCUCAGGGAUUUCAUACGGAACUACGAGCAGCGGAUGCGCGAGAGCGAGGCGAAUCUGGGCAGGAUGCAGCAGCCGAGCGUAGGCACCGAGGAGCGCGAACUGGAGUUGGAGCGAGAGCGCUGGAGCCUCCUCAGAGCGGCACGCGACGAGGCCGAGAGGAGCCUCACCCUCGCGGCGAACCUCGCCGACAAGGAAGCCGCCCUCUCCCACGCCCACGCGACCAUCAAGGAGCUUCAGCGUCAGCUGGCAGAGCGCGUGGGCGGCGGCGUGAGUCUCAGCGACCAGGAAUCGCUGAUCUCGUUCCCACGGGGCAGUCUGAACGGAGCGGUGACUCCGGGUGCGGGAAGUGGCAGUGGCGGUGGCAGCGGCAGCGGUGGCGGCGGCAGCAGCGGCGGCGGUCUUUUCGGGCAUCUCGGACAACAACAACAGCCGGGCCAUGGUUCGGCAGGCGAGCUCGUGGUCAUUGGGCCAGUUGGCACCGGGACCGGGCAGGCCGGGGACCGGGGAAGCUGCAGCGCAGACAGCGGGGUCCGGGGCUCGAGCGACCGAGAAAGCGGCGGCGCCACAAGCAUCGGCGGCAACCUCUCCGACUCGACGACCGACGGCACGCCAACGAUCACGGUCGAGGGCAGCGGUCUCGACGUGGACAGCAUCUCCGUGGUCUCCUCCGUAGCGCCGCCCCACAUGUACCAAUCGACGACACCCAAGGACUGCAGCCCAACUCUGUCGCCGCUCAAUGCCUUCUCCAGGUCGAUGGACAACUCCUCGCUGUCGCGCUCCGUCGAGCAGCUCUCGAGCCCCCUGGACGUCGAGCCCAAAAGGAACAAACAGCCACCACCUCCCAUCGUACCUCAAACCGUGCACUCGAGAUCCUCGGCGACUCGCGGCGGCACCUGGGGCUCCAUCUCCAGGGUGUUCGCACGCUCCCGGCAUCGGAAGACGACGACCAACAGCACGGGGGGCCCACUUGGUGGCCCCGGUGUCGGCGAUCCCUCGGCUCCCGACGUUUUCGAUCCCUAUCGCUCCUGGUCGCCCCUUACCGAGGAGGGCUACGCCGAGAAACUGCGCCUACUGAGGGAAGCCGCGUCCGUGCCAAUGGAGCGGUGGCGAGCACCGACGGUACUCGCUUGGCUGGAGGUCGCCCUCGGCAUGCCCCAAUACGGGCCCAGAUGCGCCGAGAACGUCAAAUCCGGCAAGGUACUACUGGAGCUUAGUGACACCGAGCUCGAAGCUGGCCUAGGGGUCACCCAUCCCCUUCAUCGCAAGAAGCUGCGGCUGGCCAUCGAGGAGCACCGACAUCCGAAUCUCGUUCGCUAUCCCUGCAUAGCCCAGCUUGGCCACACGUGGGUGAGCUCCGAGUGGCUGCCGGAUCUCGGGCUCUCUCAAUACGCCGAGAGCUUCGCCACGAAUAUGGUGGACGCACGGAUGCUCGACCAUCUGAGCAAGAAGGAGCUUGAGAAGAUCCUCGGCGUCACGAGAAAGUUUCAUCAGGCGAGCAUCGUUCACGGUAUCAAUUUGCUCAGGAUGCUGAAUUACGAUCGCCAGGCUCUCGCAGUAAGAAGACAUAAUUGCGAACAAGUAGACGCAGACCCUCUUGUUUGGACUAAUCAGAGGUUCAUUAGGUGGGCAAGGAAUAUCGAUCUCGCUGAAUAUGCUGAUAAUUUGAAAGAUUCCGGAGUGCACGGAGCCCUGGUUGUCCUGGAGCCUUCGUUCACGGGAGACACGAUGGCGACGGCUUUAGGAAUACCACCCGCGAAGCACAUGAUACGCAGACACCUCGCAGCCGAACUCGAGGCCAUCAUUCUGCCGGCAAGAGGCCAGCUGGAGGUGGUGCCGCGGAACGGGGGUGGCGCGCCUCGACCCAUGAGCAGCGUCGGCUUCGGGGGCAGCCUCGGACGGGGCGUCCGCAACAGCCUGCAGCAUCGGCAGUCCUCCCUCGGCGCUCCCAUUCAUCACACCCUCGGCCAGGGCACCAACAACAGCACGGUCGACCGACGCCGAUCCAGCCUCAGGGGUUCACUAAGCCGAGCACUGGGCUUUCGACCGCGCAGCGAGAAGGCCUCGCCUUCCUCGUCCUCGGACACGGGGAGUCUAGCGAGCCAGGGCCAGUACAUGAGCAGUCUGCGGAGCAACUCGCCUCCGCCACCCCAACUACCCCCACGGCCCUCCACCAUCUCGGGGAGCACGAAGCGCCAUCGCCGAGUGAAGAGCAUCGGCGACAUCGAGUACAUGACUAACGUCGCCGUGAGCACGCCGGUCUGACAGGAAAUCAGGCCCCCGCAGCAGUAUCCGGGGCCUUACAGAAGCCUGAGCGAGCGGGGAUACUCCUCCUCAUCCUCAACCUACUACUCAUCCCAAUACGGUUCGUACUCGGGCUACAGCAAUGUCGGCAGUGGCGGUGGAGGCGGGAGCGGCGGCGG